AACCAGUCUUCUUUUGAAAAAUUAAAAGUUAAUUUCAAAAAAUGGAACAACGCAAAGUUAUUAUAUUUGCAGCCUUAAUAUCAAUUGGAUUUUUUGGAUUUGUCUGGGCGAGAAAUGACUUGAUUCUUGGAAAUGUCCAUCCAAAUGCUGUUUUGUUAUAUCAGAACGUUUUUAAUAUAUCAGGAAUUCCAGGACAAAUCAUAAGCAACAAUUAUGGAUUUAGUAACCAGUUUAGAAACAUCACCUUAUUCCGUGCACUUGAUUUAAACACCAAUAAUACAGGAGGUUAUGCAUACAUCGUUGCUGGAGGUAUUGGACAUAGAAAUGUGACUUUCAAUUUACGCUCAUCUGCUGUUGGACGUGGAUAUACUUUUAAUGUCGACAUUUAUGGAGUAUAAAUGAACCUUAUGAACAAAGUAAAAUAAAGCUAGCUAUGAAUUCGAAGAAUUCUAGUAACACUCAUCAAAAGAUAACCAGAUGACUUAUUUUUAUCUAAAAGGCUUUGUGC